AUGGCCCUCCGCCAUCCAAUACAGCGAAUCGAGCGAUUGCAGCGAGCUCAACGCAGUCUAUUCGUCGCAGCAGCUGGGCCGAAGCUCUUUGUUUUCGACGCUCAGAAUGGCGCCCAAUUGGAUACCUGGCCAUCGCCAACGGCUGUCCCACAAUCCUUGCCCGUCGAGAGCCAACCUAUAGCGGAAGACGAAGCCACCACCGAUCGCGCAGGUACACCGCCACCAGAGAAACGGCGCAAGCUAUCUCCUGCGUCGGGAGAGGUUAAGGCGGACGAUAAAGCUCAGCCGGGGUCGGCAGCUAAAUCGUCACAUGCGUGGACGACCAUACCGUUACUUCUAAGUACGCCGGCAGGAGAGCAUGUCAUCGCAGUAACGGCGGAAGACAAGUGUCUACGGGUUUUUGAAGUGGGCAUAGACGGGACAUUAACGCAGCUUAGUGAACGAUGCAUGCCCAAACGACCCUGCGCACUCGCCCUGGCACAGAACAACACCACCAUCCUCUGUGGCGAUAAGUUCGGCGACGUCUACUCGCUCCCUCUCUUCCCGGAUGCCGAUUUCAAACCCCCCGCUACCGUGGCCGCUGCGCCCGUUGAAGAACCAAAACAGUUCAAACCCUCCGCCACUCCGCUGACAGUUCACACGAAGAAGAAUCUAUACUCUCUCCAGCAACAACUGCGAUCACCAGUCGUCAAGAAGGAGAAAGUAGGACCUACAUUCGAGCUGAAGCUGUUGCUAGGCCAUGUGUCGAUGUUGACGGAUCUGGCAUUUAUAUCGUUUGCGAACGAGUCGCGAAGUUAUAUCCUGUCAGCCGAUAGGGAUGAGCAUAUUCGUGUCUCGAGGGGGUUGCCGCAAGCACAUAUCAUUCAUGGGUACUGUCAGGGCCAUACGUCGUUUGUUAGUAGGCUGUGUAUCCCAUCCUGGGCUCCGGAGAUGCUAGUAUCCGGUGGUGGGGAUAACUAUAUACUUGUCUGGAACUGGAGGGAAGGCAGAGUGGUCCAAAAGCUGCCGUUGCAAUUAUCGCAGCCGACGGGGUCAGAUAUCACCGUGGUUGGUAUGUGGGCAGUAACUUUCUCCGAGUGUUCCAGUCUAUAUCAACAUGCAAAGGGGGCAAUUCUCGUCUCCAUUGAAGGAUCUCAAGAACUGCUAUCCUUUGGUGUCAAACCUGAUAACACCCUUUUGCCUCUACCAACCAUCAACGCGGCAGGGAAUGUCCUCGACAUCACCUGUCUAGACGAACAAGGCACCAUUGUCGUAUCCUCCGACAGCAUCCAUGAACCAGGCUCAACAACUCUCCAGCGAAGUGACAAGUCAUCCGCAUCUAUACCUCUACAGCAAUUCACAGCCACCCUCGACUCCGGAAGCUUUAGAUGGGAGCCACACCAGAAUGCAGCUUUGGAUAUAGUUAACAGCAGCUCGUCCUUUAAUGUACCAGUCGCAGAUGGCGAGAAGGAGGCACAGAAACAGCUUAAACAGCUUGGCGAAACCGUCGAACGGCCUCCGAUAUGGAUCAUGAGACAGGCCGGCCGCUACCUGCCCGAAUACCAUGAAGCCAAAGGAAACCGCGACUUCUUUGAGUGCUGCCGCUCACCCGAGGUGGCAUCAACCCUCACCCUACAGCCCAUCGAGCGCUAUGGGGGCCUCAUUGAUGCCGCCAUCAUUUUCUCUGACAUCCUCGUCAUCCCUCAGGCAAUGGGCAUGGAAGUCGAGAUGAUUGAUAAAAAGGGACCAUCGUUCCCUUCCCCACUACGCACGCCAGAUGACGAGCAGUAUACACAAGUUAUGAACCGACCUGUCGACGUCACCAAGGAAUUAGACUACGUUUAUAAAGCCAUCACCCUCACGCGACAAAAGCUAGAUGGCCGAGUUCCCCUGAUUGGAUUCGUGGGUGCCCCAUGGACGCUGCUAUGCUAUAUGGUUGAGGGAGGCGGAAGUAAAAUGUUCGCAGCCAUCAAGACCUGGGUAUACAAAUAUGCCGAUGCGUCGAAGAAGCUACUGCAGAAAAUCUCAGAAGUGUGCGUUGAGCAUUUAGCGCAGCAGGUUAAGGCCGGAGCGCAGAUGGUUCAGAUAUUUGACUCGUGGGCUGGAGAGCUUAGCCCGCGAUCAUUUGCAGAGUUUUCACUCCCUUAUCUCCGAUAUAUUUCUACCAAUUUACCCAAGAGGCUGCGUGAGAUGGGUCUCGGCGUUGUGCCAAUGACGGUGUUUGCGAAGGGAGCAUGGUAUGCUCUAGACGAGCUGUGUGAGUCUGGAUAUGAUGUUGUAGGACUAGAUUGGCAGCAUGAUGCGGCCAAGGCACGAGCUGUGGCGAACGGAAGAGUUGUUUUACAGGGCAAUGCGGACCCUGGAUGCCUGUAUGGUACUAGAGAAGGAAUUACGGCCGUGGUGGAGGAGAUGGUGAAAGGUUUUGGAGGUGGGAAGCAGGGUUGGAUUGCCAAUUUGGGACAUGGAGUUACGCCAUUUGUUAAGCCAGAUGAUUUGAAGUUCUACUUUGAGGAGAUACAUCGACUUACUGCUGCUUAG